CGAAGAAGAAGCAGAAGCGGAUGUGUUACUCGGAGCUUUUUCACAGUCGCACAGUUUGCUUUUAAGAGGACCAGCCGUUAGUGUCAAAGCUGAAAACGGGGUGUUUUGAGCUUUUAAAGUCCACUCGAAUCUGAUUUAGAGGUCGUAUUUGAGCACAGAUAUGCGCUCCAAUCCAACGAGCUGAGGUUCAAAUUUGGCUUUUUUAAAAAUGGAGGCGCGCUUCGGGAGAGAAUUGACGUCUGCGGUGGAAGUCGCUCUCCGAGCGGCCGUGUCCGUGUUUAGGGAUGUGUGGACCGAAGAGGCGCAAAACUCGGACUGGGGUGAAGGAAAGUUAGAUGAAAUCCAGGAGAUAGAGAAGUUUCUGGUUGUCCAGAUUCAGAAGGUGUUCUCGGAGUUGUGGGAGGAAAACGAGGCUCUGCGGGCCAAAGUGGAGCAGCUGGAGGAUGUGCUGCAGAGGAAAGCCGGGCGGCUGGAGCAGGAGCUGGAGGCCAGAGUGGGUCAGCUGGGCAGAGACAUGGAGCUGCUGGAGAAGGAGCUGAAGACCAUCAGCGAGUGCCCCAAUAAGACCCAACAAGAAGGCUCUGAGCAUCUCCAGGAACAUCUGGAGGACGAGUCAGCAACGGGUGGAUCGGCGCCGGCAGUCUCGACUAGUGUGACGGCCCCAGAAUAUGACCAGAAUGACCUCACCCUGACCUCAGAAAGCUCAGAGGUCAUUCCCUCUUCCCCGGAUCAGUCUGUGACCAUCUCAGCUCCUGCGGCAGCUCAGAUGGUGCUUGUCGGCACCCUUCCCUCCCCCGUCCUGCUGGUGGAAGCUGAUGAAGUCGUCGCCCAGACUUUGACGUCUACGUCGGUGGUAUCAGAAACAACAGCGUUGGAGCUGAAACCUGAAUCCCCUCCAGAGUAUAUGCCUGAGGACGCCACCAGUCCUGACUCCAGUGCUGUCAGUGGUCUCGACUCUGCACAAGAAAAGAUCCCACAGAAACCUUUUGAGGAGGAAACCUCUGGAAGAACAAGGCGCCCAAGAAGGACGGCUGAUAAAACUGAUGAAGGAGAGAAGAUGCUGUUCCAGCCAGACAAAGUGCAGGGGAGAAGCCUCAGGAGAACCGCCUCACAGGCAGGAAAGCGAUUCUUCUGCGAACACUGUGACACCGGUUUUCACUGGAAAGGUGACCUGAAGAAACACAUGAAGGUCCAUAAAAGGCCUUUUCCCUGUGAGCAGUGCAGCAAAAGUUUCCCAGAGCAGGAGGCUCUUGAGAGUCACCUUUUGAGUCACGAGUCAACCAAGACCCCGCUGCCAUUCCCCUGUCCUCAGUGUAAGAGGUCCUACAGGAAAGAGGAGUCCCUUCAGAAUCACCUCAAACGCCACCAGACAGCCAAACCCCCGAAGCCGUUUCCCUGCAAUCAGUGCAACAAAUCAUUCAGAGCUCAGCAGUCUCUGGAAAACCACCUCCUGCGUCACGAGAAGUGGAAGCUGGUGUUAAAGUGCCAGCUUUGUGAGAAAACCUGCAAGACGGCGGUUCAGCUGAGAUCCCACAUGGCCGUGCACUCGGAGGAACGGCCGUUCAGUUGUGCAACGUGCGGAAAGGAGUUCAAGAGCAAAGACACCCUGCGCUUCCACCAGAUGGUCCACACAAACGCCAAAAAAUACAAAUGCACCAUGUGUGAAGAGUCUUUUAAAUAUGCCCACUCACUGACUGUACACAAGAGGAAGCACACCGGUGACAGUCCGUUCGUGUGCGACGUGUGCAACAGGUCCUACAGAACCGGCACCGCUCUGAAAAGACACAAGGUGAUCCACACUGGGGAGAAGCCUUUCACCUGCCACAUUUGUGGAGCGAGAUUCAACCUCAAUAACAACCUGAAGAGGCAUCUGCGCAUCCAUACAGGCGAGAAGCCGUUCACCUGCAAGGACUGCGGCAAAAGCUUCUCCGACAACAACCAGCUCAAGUCCCACAUGCUCAUCCACGGCGCCAGGAAGCCCUUCAUGUGCGACCUCUGCGGGAAGACCUUCCUCUUCAACUGCAGGCUGCAGAUGCAUCAGAGGUACGUCCACGCCGACAACUCCCACGGAUCGGAUGGCGUUUUCCAGAAUCGGCGGCACAAAUCGCUGGUCAAACCUUUCAGCUGCAAAACGUGCCUGAAGGGUUUCAGCGCAGCGUGCUCCCUCAAGCUCCACGAAAAGGGCCACAGCGAGCACAAGGAGUUUAACUGCAGCAUCUGUGGGAAGGCCUUUCACAACAAGUACUCCUUUAGCUACCACCAGCGCAGCCACUCUGGGGACAAGCCAUUCGUGUGUGACAUUUGCGGAAAGAGUUUCUUCCACAGCGCCAGCCUGAAGCAGCACGAGCGGAUCCACACUGGCGAAAAGCCCUACAAGUGCGACCAGUGCGGCAAGGAGUUCAGGACGGAUGGAAACUUCUACAGGCACAUGAGAAUCCACACCGGGGUGAAACCGUUCGAAUGCAGCUACUGCCAGAAGAAGUUUCACCAGUCCAAUCAGCUCAAAUCACACCUGCAGGUUCACACCGGCCAGAAGCUCUACUCCUGUCAGCAGUGUGGGCGGGGCUUCUCCGAUUCAAGGCAACUCAAGAAGCACAGCUGUGACGGGCUGUAGGGACUAACUGGGUUCAACAACAACAGGCACUGGAUUCAUGGGAUUAAAAGCUUGAAAAGCAGAUGUGCUGUCAGGCAGGAUGUUAAUCUGUCAGUCGUUUCAUAAAAACAACUGUUGAUUUGAGUUGUAGUUUCAUAAUGCAAAUGUUGAUUCCAUUUAGCAUAUCUGGCCUUUUCUCUAAAGUUAAUAUGUAAGGGUUUAAUCACAAAUUAUCAAUUAAAAUAAGUCUAGCUACAGGCAUCAUGGAGUGGGAUUUUAAGCAGUUUUGUUUGAAGAAACUGUUAAAAACGUCAUUGUUACCCAGAUCUCUGUAUGGAUUUAGAGCUUUUUAAAACUUUCUUUUCCUGGAAGAUUUCACUGUGAAGUGGAUGUUGUUUAAACUGUAAUUUAUUUUCCUACUUCAUCAGUAGCUAAAAUUAAUUGUAUAAAGAAAGUUAUUUUUGCAGAAGAGAAAUUGAAGCUUUAAAUAAUUUAAUUUGUUGUUACAUGACCGUAAAUAUAUUUCUUCUCGGUGCUUUGCCAUUAAACAGUUCAAAUGGAAA